UCGCGCCAACUUCCAACUGCGUGAUUCUCCCCACCCGCAACCGACCUCACUGCCCGGAGAGAGCAUACCACGCGCCGGACCGUCUUCACGAGCGCCAUCGCCCACAGCGAGUCUGAGAUCACCAAGACGAUGUCGCUGUAUUUCAAAGACGAAGACGGCGCCGCGCAAUUAAUACUAGGGCCUUAUGGGUUCCCCUCCUCGGAGCCGCCCCUGAAUGUGACAGACGCGCUGGACUACAUGGACUCGGUCAAGGCCCAGUUCCAGGAUAAGCCGGAAGUGUACAAUCACUUUUUGAACAUUAUGAAGGAUUUCAAAAGUCAAUUGAUUGAUUUACCGGCAGUUAUUGCCCGCGUCUCCAUGUUGUUCCACAGCAAUCCCUACCUUUUACAAAGGUUCAAUACUUUCCUACCACCCGGUUACCGCAUCGACGUCACGGUGUCAACUAUGAUCACUAUGAUCACGCCAACCAGCGGUGACGUACAGCAUUGGCGCAUUCCUCAUGAUCCCGCCUAGACCUAUUGACCUGGCACCCAGAAUGUGCAGCACGUCCACUGGUGUAUACAUCAUAGACAAUGUGUACUUAGGUUUCGACGCGCAAGACGUACUUGUUGCUAACGCUUCUUGAACGCGCGA